AUGGAUGUUGAGGCUUUUCGAAAAAAUGGAAAGGAAUUAAUUGAUAUAGUAGCUGAUUAUUGGGAAUCGUUGGAUACUAAUAAAUGGGAAAAGCCAUUACCUGAUAUAAAACCUGGCUUUUUGCAAUCUCUAAUACCCGAAGAGGCACCUGAAGAACCUGAAAGUUGGCAACAGAUUUUUGCUGAUAUUGAACCUGUUAAAUCAAGUCCAUCAAUGACUGAACUUGAAAUGGUAAUGACCGAUUGGUUGGCAAAAGCUAUUGGAUUACCUCACCAAUUUUGGAAUUCUGAUCCAGGGCCAGGCGUUGGAAUGAUACAAAGUACUGCAAGUGAUGCUACACUAGUAGCAUUACUUGCAGCUAGGGCUAGAGCUGUUAAGAAGCUAAAGUCACAGAAUACUCAACUUGGCCAAUGGGAAAAAUUUUUGAAAACACCAUUCAUUAAAGCACUUGGGCAUCAAUUAAGUGAAGUUGGUGAAUCAUUGAGGAGCAACUUGCCCAAAUUUAAUGGGAUGAUUAAUGGAGGGCAAAAAAAAGUUGAACAAACAAAAAAUCCCAUCGGCGAAGUAUCAAUCUUUGAAGCACACGAUUCAGCUUAUUUUGAUAGAUUAGUAGCUUAUUGCUCCGAUCAAGCCCAUUCUUCAGUAGAUAAAGGUAUAAUGUUAAUUGGUGUUAAAAUAAGAAAAUUGCCUACAUCCAAAAAUAAAUUGGGAAAUUUCUCUUUGGAAGCUUCAAUACUUGAAAAGGCUAUAAAUGAAGACCGCUCAAACGGCUUAAUUCCAUUUAUUCUAAUAAUAACUGUGGGUACAACAAAUACAUGCGCAGUUGAAUCAAUUAGGGAAUUAGGUCAAGUAUGUGAAAGGGAAGGUAUUUGGGUGCAUGUAGAUGCUGCUUAUGCUGGCAGUUUUCUUCUCUGUGAAGAAUUUGCUUAUUUGGCAGAUGGUGUCGAAUUUGCUGAUUCUUUUAAUUUUAAUGCUCAUAAGGCAAUGAUGAUUAAUUUUGAUUGUUCUCCAAUGUGGUUCAAAAACGGAGCUGAGUCAAUUUCUUAUUUUAAUGUUGAUCCAGCCUAUUUGAAACAUGAAUACCAGGCAGUUGCUUCUGACUAUAGGCAAGUUGAAUUAGCUAAAUUGUUUGCAGAAUUACUUUUAAAUGAAACAAAUGGUUAUAUUUCAUCGUUUGAACUGUUUGUUCCGCCACAUUUGGGUUUGGGAAGCAACGAGUUGAACGAAGCACUUUUAGCAGCUCUAAAUACCGAUGGCCGUAUCCAUUUAGUUGCUUCAAAAACUCACGGUACAUAUUUUCUUCGUUUUGCAAUUUGCAGUUCAAAAACAACUGAAAAACAUGUACAUAAUGCUGUCGAGUUAAUUAAAGAAAUUGCAGAGAAAAUCUUAAUCUUUUAUUAA